AUGAUCGUACAUGAUCCAUUUGUGAAUGCACAAACGAAUUGUCCUCACUUGCAAGCUGGGCUGACAUCAUUUUCGUCUCUUCCCAAGUGGAACUUGGCUGGGUCAGAUAUUGUCAUCUCUUCCAAGGUCAAGAUGGAUCAAUCUCCUCAAGUAAUUUUACGCUCCAUUACUAUUGAGAAUGGUGGUGAAUUAAUAUUUGACAAUACCGUUUUGAAUGUGGAUGUUGAGUUUAUUGUAGUGAAAGCUGGUGGUAAAUUCAUUGCUGGCUCUGAAACAUGCCCAAUUACUAACAAGAUUAUUGUGACCUUCUUUGGAAAUCGAACCACUGCCAAUGUGAUUGGAUCUGAUCCCCAUGAUAACACUGCUGCAGGUUACAAGGGUCUGGCAUGCCUGAGCGGUUCGUAUUUGCAAUUGUAUGGGGAUGUGAAUAGACCUACUUGGACUAAUCUGGGAGAAACAGCUGUCAAAGGAAGUUCAACCAUCAAGGUUAUUGAUAACACUCAAUGGAAAGUUGGAGAUGAGAUUGUGGUUACCAGUACUGAUUAUGGUGAAUUGAUUGACAGUCGUAAGGCCUCCGGUCCUUCUUGGAUGUAUGUCUAUGGCAAUUAUUUUCCAGAUCAAAACGAAGUUCGAACGAUCGCACAAGUAGUCAACUCGAAAACCUUUGUCUUGGAUCGUCCAUUAAAUUUCACUCAUUGGGGUAAAGACCAUGCACGUGCAGAGGUUGGAAUUUUGAACAGAAACAUCGUUUUGCAAGGAGAUGCCUCAUCUGUGAAUUCACAAUUUGGUGGACAUUGGAUGAUUCGAGUGGUGGAACAAGCUGAAAUCCAAGGAGUAGAAGUGACACGUAUGGGUCAGAAGGGUUUGUUAGGAAGAUAUGCUGUUCACUUUCAUGUGCUUGGAGAACAGUCGUUCUUGAAGCCAAAAAGAUUCUUCAUUAAGGAAUCAUCGAUUCAUCAUAGUUUUCAACGAUGUGUCGUUGUACAUGAUUCCAAUGGAUUACUCAUUCACGACAAUGUUUGUUUUGAUUCCUUUGGUCAUCAAUAUUUCCUUGAAGAUGGUAGUGAAAUGGGCAAUGAAUUUAUUCAUAAUUUAGGAAUUCGAGCCAAACCAGUGGCAAAUGGCGAUCCCAUGCAAAUUAUUCCAUCCGAUCAUGAUGUCUCUAUUUUUUGGAUUACCAAUGCGAACAAUACCUGGAUUAGGAAUGCUGCAGUUGGAGGAAAAUUUCCUUUCUGGUUUACCAUGCCUCUGAAUGUUGGUGGAUUAUCAAGUGCAAAAUAUGGAGUGAAUAAUAUCUAUGUGAGACCUCGAAAUCAACCUCUUGGAGCAUUUAAAAACAAUGUAGCUCACUCGUCAAAUGGUAACGGAGUGCAUGUUGAUGACAUGUUGACACCAACUGGAACAUUUGAAGAAGCUUCUUUUCUUCCAAGACUUGGUCCAUACAAUGGUCCAUCGAUCGUUGUGGAAGCUGUUUUUGAAGGAAUUAUUGCAUACAAAAAUCGUGGUUAUGGUAUUUGGGCUCGUGGCGGUCCCUUACUUUUUAGAAAUUUAAUAUUAACAGACAAUCGAAUUCAAAUGAUUACCCCUCCUGGUCCAUCCGUUGUUGUGGACAGUUUAUUCAUUGGUGAGAGCGACAAUGUUGGAGAUAGUUCUUUCAGACCAUCCGUCGAUCUCGGUGGUAGAUCAAGACCUGAUCCCAAUGCAGCCUCCAAAUAUCCUGUGAAAGGUUUUGAAACCUAUGACAAUGGAGGUCCACAAUUGUUGAAGAACAUUGUGUUCAAGAAUUUCAUGCCAGACCAAUUUCGUCAAGCAGCAGCAUUGGGACAAAUGUCUGAUGCCCCAUUCAAACAUCAAACCCUAAAUAGAUACCUUAAUUUAACAUUUGAAAAUAGUAAUCGAGUCUAUGUUUCUGAAAGAUUCCUUGAUGGCAACAAAGGUCUCUGCGUUCUUGAUAUUGAUGGGUCAACAACUGGUUUCACUCCUGGAGGAUGGCUUGUGGCCAAUGAUUCUCUCAUGGCUCACUCCAAAUGUAUUAAAAGAAACGAUUGGAAAGGAUACAAUUGUCCAAUAACUCUCGAAGGUUAUGGUCAAUUAUGGGUUCAAAACGUUGGAGGUAACUUUGAAACAUCCUCUCCAUAUGGUUCAGAUCCAAGUCUCAAUAAUCCAGGAGCCAAAGUAGCACGGAUGAUCGUUCACGAUCUCUCUCGUCGUGUGAAUAGUUCUGUCAUUGGUGGAGUAUUGGGAGGCACGUUUACCAUGCAGAGUAAUGUCAUUUUGAGGAAUUUUUAUGCCAUUCGUUGGAUUUUAAACAUUCCUUCACCUCCGAUUUUGAAGUUUUUACUGACCUCCUCUGCAAAUAAUGAUUGGGUAGUAGUGUCGGUUCAGUAUCCGAGAAGUGCCGAAUUGAAUGUCUAUUUCAAUAGCCCGCAAGGAAAGAAAGUGUUGACCCGUGUGAAUUCUCUGGGGGCCCUUGUACAAGAUCCAAUGCAUUAUUAUUAUGACUCGAGCGGUGAGCACUUGUAUCUGUAUUUGAGAAAUAGAGCUGGACGAAGUGCUUUCAGUGAACGAUGGGGUUUCUCAGCCUUCAGCAAUGAUGGAUUUCAUGUGGUAGUGAACGCUUCCUGUCCCAAUGAUCGUUGUCAAGUCGAUAAUCAUAAUUUGCCAGCACAUUCUCAACAUUUUGUAAAAUUGUAUCAUAAGGAAGAACGUUAUGCAGGAUAUUUAAAACCAUUAGUGAAGAAUGGAGCCAACAGAGGAAACGGAGUAGUUUUUGCCACCUUAUUGUCCAAUAAGAGAACACUCGAUGUAGCCGUUCAUCACGAUUUAACUUUGACAGCUACAAAAAUGGAAGUUGGUGUUGGUGAUCCGGUCACUGAUCAGGAAGAUCGAAUCAUUACUCCACCCACUAAUGUGAAAUUUACUCCGUAUUCAGUGUCAAGAUUUUCAUGGGAAUUAUCUGUGGAUGAUAUGGUCGCAUUGUUGAAAGGUCGUUUAUUUGUCAAACUUUCGACCACGACACACCCGAAUGGACAUUUGAAAGGUCAUCUGUAUUGCAACAUGGGCCGUAAUUCUACUAACAAUCUAUACAUGUGUUCUCUUCCAGAUCCAAUUCCCAAAGCUCAACCUUGCGAUGCGGCACCAUUGGAUGCCAUUUCCUUCUAUGACGAGUUUGACACUGUAGACGCUAGAACCAAAUGGUUUUUAUUGUACUACAACAGCACGGCCGAUGUUAAGGAAGGAAUUUAUAGUAUUGCUUCAAGAAAUUACACGAGUAAUCCUAUAUGUGGAGCCUCCUCUAUUUAUGCUGGAAUUCGAAAUGGUGGUGUCAUUAUUGGCAAAACCUAUUCACCUUCAACACUCAAUUUUGUAGACCUUGGUGUGUACAAAUAUUUUGAAUUUUUCGUUCGAUCAUUGACACCAGGUGAAUUGAAGUUGAAUGUGCAUUUCACAGAAGUCGAGAAUGGUAUUGCUAGAGACAUUCCAAGUUUAUCAGUCGACACUAAAUACAUUCAAUACUAUACUAUUGAUGACAGUCGUGUUACACGAGUGAGAAUUCCAGUUUCUGAUUUGGCUUUCACAAACAAGACUUCCCUUAAUGUCAUUCAAAGAGUUGUGUUUACCAUUAGCAAUGGCGUUUUCAAGGAAUUCUUGAUAAUUUAA